AGAAGGGGAGGGUCGAGUCUAAGGGUGGAUUUUAAGAGGCCCGGUGCUCAAUCCACCUCUGAGCUACGCUGUCCUCCAGUGAAAACGACUGUCCGGAAUCCUGCGGUGCUAGGAUCUGGCUCGCCCUGGUGGCGGCAUUGGUACUCCCAGGACCCCGGUACCCGGGAGUAACAGCGCGGUAAGCAGAACAUUGAACUGAAGCCACGGCUCAGCUUCCAAGAUGGCGCCACCCAAACUGCAUGUGCCUUUCUGCCUCCUCUGCUGCCUUGCCGUGGUGCAUCCCUUUAACUGGCAAGACCCACCUCCUUUUGACUUUAGGCUAUCAGCAUUGUUUCAUAAGCUUCAAGAGGUGAUGUCUGCUGCCAACUCUGGCCACAGUAAAAUCCCCAAAGGAAAUGGAUCUUACCCCGUCGGUUGUACAGACCUGAUGUUUGGUUAUACCAAUGAGAGCAUCUUCUUGCGUCUGUACUACCCGGCUAAAGAUCAAUAUCGUUUUGACACUGUUUGGAUCCCCUACAAAGAAUACUUUUGGGGUCUUAGCAAAUUUCUUGGAACAUCCAGUUUUGUAGGCGACAUUUUGGGCUUCCUCUAUGGUUCAACGAAGAUACCUGCCAGCUGGAAUUCUCCUCUGAGGACUGGCGAAAAAUAUCCACUAAUUGUCUUUUCUCAUGGUCUUGGAGCAUUCAGGACAGUUUAUUCUGCUAUUGGCAUGGACCUGGCAUCUUAUGGGUUCAUAGUUGCUGCUGUCGAACACAGAGACGCAUCUGCAUCGGCAACCUACUAUUUUGAUGACCAGGAGGCUGCGAAAGCGGAAAACGGGACUUGGAUUUACUUAAAAAGGAUAAAACCGGAGGAGUCGGAAAGAGGUCGGAAAGAGCAGGUUCGGCAAAGAGCGAAAGAAUGUUCCCAGGCUCUCAGUGCGAUUCUCGACAUUGAACAUGGAACCCCAAAAGAGAACAUUCUAGGUUCAGGUUUUGAUAUGAAACAGCUGAAGGGUGCUAUCAACAGGAAUAAAGUAGCUGUGAUUGGACAUUCUUUUGGAGGAGCAACAGUUAUUCAAUCCCUUAGUGAAGAUCAGAGAUUCAAAUGUGGGGUCGCUCUUGACCCAUGGAUGUAUCCCGUGAGCGAGGAGCUGCCCUCCAGGGUGACUCAGCCUCUCUUCUUUGUCAACUCUGCCCACUUCCAGUCUCCCAACGACGUCAAAAAAAUGAAAAAAUUCUACCAGCCUGGCAGAGAAAGGAAAAUGAUCACACUCAAGGGUUCAGUGCACCAGACUUUUGUCGACUUUACUUAUCUAUCUGGCAAAAUAAUUGGAAAAAGGCUGCAAUUAAGAGGGGAAAUAGACUCCAGUGUAGCCAUUGGCCUCAGCAACAAAGCUUCUCUGGCUUUCUUACAAAAGCAUUUAGGACUUCAUAAAGACUUUGAUCAGUGGGACUCUCUGGUGGAAGGAAAAAAUGAGAACCUGAUCCCUGGGUCACCCUAUGAUGGAGUCACUCAGCCCCCGGCUCUGCAGCACUCUCCAGACUCACACACCCAGAAUUAGAAGAGCUUGUUGAGAGAGAGUCUCCUUUCAAAAUUGAGAGAGAGACAGAGAGAUAGAGAGAGAGAGAGAGAAUACGCAGGAGAUAGAGAAACCAUAAUGUAUUUACCCAACCAUUUUUAAAUGUACACUUUACUAUGGAAUAGUAAUGGAUGCUUAGACCUUUCCCCCUUUAAAUGUAAAACAAAAAACAAAAACAAAACAUAAAAUAGAGCAUACGAAAAUUAUCAACAGUCUAAAUCAUAAUUUUGCAAGGCUGGUCCUUUAGGUGUCAAAUGAAAAGCCACUUUCAUAUUGCACUUACAGAAGUGUGUUGACAGGAACAGUGCCAGUGAAAAGCUGUUGCAGAUGACACGAGAUCCUCAAACUUAUAAUAAAAACAGAACAGACUGUC